GAAUGGAUAUCAGGUUAUGUAUACGAUCAGUUCGUAGAAAUGUUAAUAAGAACAUACGCUAAGCGGUAAAAGAUUACGCGUAUUGAAUUUCAAUAAAGUUAACGAAAACAACAUCAUAUUAAUUAACAAAAUAUUAAAAAAAAUGAUGAUAAAAUAGAUAAGGAAAUAAUUCGUUAAGAAUGAUUUUGAAGAAAGAUCUAUCGUGAGAACGAUCAAUGAAUGCUUAGUUGGAGUUAUCCGAAAGAUGGUAUACUAAGAGAUCCCCCUCCAAGUAUAUUAUGUGGGGACCCAUCCCUUUGGGUCUCCAGCGCGGUCUCUCUCUCCGGAGAGACGGUUGAAGUUUUCCUCAGUGCCGGUACGUCCGCGUCUCUCGUCUCGCGUCGACACAGUACGAUACGACACGGCACGAUUCGACUUCGAUUCCGCGAUUCGGCGAUUCUCUUUCUCGACGUCUCGACUCGGUUCGGUUGCAUAGGCGUGCGCCAUGGUCUCUUGCGUCCAAUCCGGACACCAGCAUGAGUACCAGCAACACAAGCAGCACCAGCAGUAACAGCGGAACCAGACUUGUCUCGUGCCCAGCUGGAGCCGAACUCACGAAAAACUCGUAGUUCUCUUCUAGUCGCGCGACCGAUACGAAAACCUCCGUUUCGCGUACGUUUUCGCGUCUUUCUCGUUAUCGUUUCCUCCUCCAUCUCCUCCGCUUUAUCUUUAUCCUCUUAUUUCUUCACUUCCCUCUUUCUCUUCCUCUUCCGUCUCUUCCUUCUUCUUCUUCUUUUUCUUCUUUUCCUCCUCAUCGAAUCGUUCUUGUGCCAAGAAACCGCGCACCUACUCGAACCUUUAUCUCUUUCUCUGCUAAAACAGCACUCUUCUCCUCCUCUUCCUUCUUCUCCUCCUCCCCCACCUUCAUCUCCUCCUCCUACAUUUCGUAGCCGGUCGAGAUAGUCGUUCGAGAGAAGCCAAGAAAAUCUCGAGGAAAGGACGACGUCCUUUCGUUCUCCCUACGAACGAAAUAAGAUACCGAGAGAAAGAAAGAGAGAGAAAGAGAGAGAAAGAGUGAGAGGGAGAGGGAGAGGAAAAGAAACAGAAAGAAAGAAAGAAAGAAAAAAGAAAGAAGGAGUGAGACGGUGAGUUUUGGAACAGCAUCAUGACCGAUCGAGGGUAAGGGGGAUCGAGUGGCUCAAGGUCGAUAAAAGGAUCGAGACGCCGACUUUACUUCGUUUCAAAGACCUCCCCGAGUUCUGCUUUCUCGUGGGUGUAUUCUACUUCGAAGAAAUCAGUCUACAAGAGGUUACUUUUCCUCUGUGAAUAUUUUUCAAGUGAAUCCAUUUCGCAAUAAAUCGUAAUCGUGUGAAAAAAGUUUUUUUUAUGAUAACAAAGAAGAUAUUCGUAAAUGUAAUUAAUUGCCUGGUAUUGUGAUCCUUCAAAAUGAAUCGUUUUGGAUCCAACAAUUCGAGAGAUCGCAUUACGUAUCAUUCGUAACGAGGACGUCGAAACGAAGAUACGAAGAAAGAGAUAGAUAGAGAGAGAGAGAGAGAGAGAGAGAGAGAGGAGAAGAUAAAAAGAAAAAGAGAUUUCGUUCCGUUGUUAUAAGAUUUAUCUUUGAGAAAUCGAUCGAGUCGAUCUAUUAUUUAUCAUUAUCAAUUCCUCAAAUUGUUUAAAUACGUUUGCGUCUCUUUCAUAUAGAUUAUCAUUAGAAUCGAUCGUGGAAAGAAAAUAAUAUAAAACAAAGAAGAAAAGGAGAAAAAAAUAAUAAAAUAAUAAACUUAUAAAACGAAUUUUAGAAAAGGAAAUCUAAUCGAAAGAAAAUAAAAAAAAUAGAAAAGAAAAUAAACAAAAACAAAAAGAAAAAAAAUAAACGAAAUACGAACGAGAACCCGAAGACACACGAGUUCGCAUGGAAAUUAACGUCGUGGGAGUAGGCCUCAUUUCUUGGACGAAUCCCGCGGAAAUUUGUCGCGAAAAAAGGUGAGGGAAGGAUGAAGAAUGCCCCGCGUCGGCGGAGACGGGGGUGGCGGGAACGAGAAGACAGGAGCCAGUGGCUUUGGAGGAUGGUUGGGAGGAGCUGCGAGAGCUGUGACCGGAGGAGGCGUCGCUGGUGGAUACGUCGUACUGGGUGGCACCAGAUAUGGUCUGAGACUCUCACAGGAAAGUCUACCACCCGCGAGCUCGAGGGAGGAAUCAGCGGAGAGAAGACGGAAGAGAAAUUCGCGAGAAAGCGAGUCGAGAGAACGGCUGACGGAGAAAUUGGCGGAAAAGUCGUCGAUCGAUCUGGCGUCGAGUAUAGUCGAGUGUUGUUGCAUCGGUCCACGUUCUCGGUUGCCUCUGCCGAGGAUCCCAACGACGACGACUACGGUGACGGCGGCAGCGACGUCGCUGCCGCCGUCGUCGUCGUCUUCAUCGGUAGCAAUGGCAUCGACGGUUGGCAGCAUUGUAGGAGUCGGAGGUGGAGGUGGAAAUGGAGGAGAAAGAGACGUUGACGGAGUUUUGCCGCCUCCUCCACCACCUCUACCACCUUCACCAGCAACGGUAGUAGUAGCGGCGGCACAAGCACAGCCAUCAUCUUCGUCGUCUUCGUCUCUUCCUCCCACGUUUUCGAAGAGUCGUGCUACUACUGCUGGCGUGGAACAGCCGGUGGAUGCGAAGCUGGCGGCUGCUCGGCCGACGCCAAACUCUAAUAAUAACCGCGGGAUGCUGCAAAGCACCACGGUGGGGAACGAGCAGCACCACCGCCAACAGCAGCACCAGCACCAGCAGCAGCACAAUCAACACCACCAGCCACAAUCAUCCGCGAUCCCAUCGCCGUUGCAGCCGGUAUCUUCCGUCUCUACUUCUUCUUCUUCUUCUUCUUCCUCCUCGACAUCUUCGUCGUUGCACCCGUCGUUCGACUCCUCCUCUUCGCCGAGCCUCCAAACGCAACAUUCGGUUUCCGUGCCGCGUCAACUCGCACAGUGGACCAAGCAUCAGACCCUCAAGCUCCAGGAACCAGCGGUGAUAGCGGUGGACCGAUUGCACAGAUUCCGCUGGAGCGGGGGUGGAGGAGGAAGCGGAAAAAAAUCCUCUUCCGCCCCCCGCAGCGAAAAGGCCGAGCGUCUUCGCGAACUUACGGAAAAACUUAAGGGACCAGCACCUGUCCCACCUCCUAGACGACCUUCCCGUACUCAAGCUUCCUCUCCUCCACCAGGAGGAUGUCAGCCAUCUUUCCAAUCUCAUCAACAGUCGGCUCAAAGUUGCGGUCGAUAUGAUAAUCGUGGGAUCUAUAGAAAUCAUGAAACCGGGCUUCAAAAUCAACAACAGCAUCCAAGGAGUAUUGUUAGAAGUGAAAGCGUUGGCGAGGAACGUCUCACUGGUACAGAUUCGAUGGUCACCGGUAACGAGAGCUGUCGAAAACAACAGCUCGCUCAUGACACUUCGAAAAAGUCCUCGAAGUCGGGCAAGGUGACGGAGAGGAAUAGUGGUGACGUUGGUGACGUUAAAAAUGACGCGAAUCUCGUCAUCGGUGUCUCCGUCGAGGACGCGCCGACAACAAAACAACACUUGAGACAAUACAGUGAUUCAGUGGUAGAUAGUGCUACGAGCGUGGACGAUCUGUGCGAUACCUUGAACGUGUCUUCUGCUGGUACUGGUGGCAACAACAAUAAUGAGGCCGAAGCCAGGGAUGCGGUCAGCAGGUUGGAGUCUCGGGGACCAUUGUUAACUCUUCAAAGAGCUGGUGCUCCACUCAGAAGUGCGUCCUUCGGUCAGGUGGAUUUCAAUCAAGGGAAUCGUCAAAAGACUCAGCCGGUGGCAACGAGUGCUCGCACGGAAAACAAAGAUGUCCGUGCCAGUACUUUGCCUCGUCGACGAGGAGAUGCGAUACCAGGCGUCUCAACGUCUCAAAACAGCCCGAAUCGGCAAAGUCCAAGGACGUCGACGCCGAGCGUCGAUAGUGCCGUUGGUUCGGCCGAAGGACUCGGUGUACCUCACCAAAGCAAUCUCGAAGAAAUCCGACCUAGAAGUGAUGGUUCCGACAGUUUGGCAACAUCCAGUGCUCUUACCAGCCCGGAACCACCGGUACCGGAAAAUCAUGAGCAACAGCCGAGGUUGGAAACGGAUGCUUCACCGACCGAGGUGAUACCUUCAGAACCGAUUUAUCAAGUCGUCGAUAGCACUCCGAUCGAUGAGAUCGUUCAAAAAGAGAGCAGAAUAGAGCCACACGAGGUAAUCGUGACUCCACCGUUGGAGGAACCAAGACUCAGUCAAGCUAGCGAGGGCAGCGAGGCACCUAGCGAGACACCUUCGGAAGCAUCCUCUCCUUCUGGUAAGACCAGACGUUAUCGUGGUGAUACUAGCAAGAGAAGAAAGGGUGUGUACAUAACGCAAUGGCCAGAACCUUUGGACGCUGAUAGAAACAAACUUACUGCUCAGAGCAGCGAGGAAAGAGAUGAUCCACCUGCGACACCAAGCGAUUUGUCCGAUUGCGAAGGUCACGCUCCACGAAGGUACAGCAAGAGACCACUUCGUGGUCCUUACGGUCAAAUGCUUGAAGCUGAAAUGGCGAAACCUCGUGCAACGGAUAUAUCUCUGGAAGAAGGUCUCAGACCUAGACGCAAAAUCUCCGCUAAUCUUUCUUACAAUACCGGCGCUAAUAGUAGCUCCGAACCACCUACACCUUGUCAUCAUAGGACUACCUCUAGCCCAAGUAAAUUAGAAGGAUUACCUGGACCAAGUCCGGAAUUACUCGCUGAACUUUUGAGAGGAUCUUCGGAGAGAGUAGCUCGUGCACCUGCUCAUCGAAAUGAUACGAGAACUCAUGUCGUCGUUGAGCUUUACGAUACCGAACGUUCGUACGUGGAAGCUUUGCAAAUACUAGUCAAUAAAUAUCUGCAGCCUUUGAAAAGUCCCGAGAAUGCCGGCUUGGUGGACGCCGCUACGGUGGAUGAGAUAUUUUAUCAGGUCCCAGCGAUUCUUAGCCAUCAUGAAAUUUUUCUCGAAGAGUUACGAAAACGUCUCGACACUUGGGAAGUAAAGCAGACUAUAGGCGACGUUUUCUUGGAUGUAUUUACAAAGCCAGUAGUUCUAGAGACUUACACUCUCUUCUUGGACAAUUGGAAGUCCGCGAAGAAGGCGAUAAAAACAACGUGUCAAGGGAAACCAGCAUUCGCACGAUUUCUCGAGACGAUGGAACGUGAACACAAAGGCAAGCUUGGUCUUGAUCAACUGCUGAUUAAACCGGUGCAGAAGAUUCCGCGUUACGAGCUUCUCAUUCAGAGACUUCUCAAACACACUGAUUCGACGCAUCCCGAUUAUGAGUUCCUGCAGACAGCACAAAAGGAAGUGCAUGAAUUGGUUGUGAAGAUCAAUUGCACGGAGCGUGAGUCUCUUGAAUGGGAACAGCAACAAAGUACUUUAAGAGAGGUUCAAGCCCUCGUCGAAGGUCUUGCUGGGAUCGUUACGAAUGAUAGAGCAUUCGUUCGUCACGAUUUGGUUACCAUAGCAUCGAACCAAGGCACACGGAAGGAACGAGCUCUCUUUUUGUUCUCCGACCUAUUGGUUAUUACCAGUAUCAAACGACGAAGUGGUACGAUAAGGAAACCAUCUACGAGCUCUUGCCCGAACAGCUUGGUCAGUCUUCUUGAAGCUAACAAGUACAAAAUGUUGAUGAGAAUACCAUUGGAUGAUCUCGAAGUGAUGAAAGCCAAGGACGAGAAUCUCAGACGAAUGGCACGCGAGGUUGAUCACCUACGAGAGGAUUGUGCCACAUUGAGUCAACUUCAAGAACUCGCAGCUACGAUACAUGGAAGUAAGGCACAACUCGAGGAUCUGAUCAAGGAUAUGCUGUGUCAAGCGCAACGGCAGUUAGCCGAAAGAAACGCUGCUCAUUCUCAGUUAGCUUGUCUGGAAUUAACUCUAAACACGCAAUCGGGUAUCGAGAAUAUCUCCGUUGUCUUUACAAAGCCCGAUAAGAGAGCGAGCUGGGAAGAGAGUUUCAACGAAGCCAAACAAAAGUUGGCAUUGUCUGCCGAUCGAAGACUAUGUCCAGAAUUCGUCGGUCCUUUACCCAUUAGAAAGACACGAGCUGGUCUUCAAUUUACUUGCGCUGCACCUACCUUAUCAAAUGGACAAGAAUCUCGUGAUGUGUGGGUUUGCAACAGCGACGGAUACGUUGGUCAGGUUUGCGUACUGAGUUUGAACCCGGAACCACCCCAAGUUACAUCUUGUAAUGGAGUUUGCAAUGCUAGAAUCCUUUGCGUUGCUGGGAUACCUGCUUGUACUCCUGGUUCGAACUCUUUGGCAUCCAACAGUAAUACGUUUGUGAACAGUAAAAGCGGCAUCAGUAUUUCCGUGCAAGAUGUCGACUCCGGUAGUGGUAAUAUUCAAUUAGACAGCAGCUCGAGCUCCGACGAGUCGGACUCGGACGACAUUCCAAAUGCGGAUACUUGUAGCGUGACCUUGAGCGGUGAUGUCUCUAAUAUCGAUAACGCUAUUGCCAUUGAAGAGGAUGCCAAUCAACCUACCAUGUGGUUAGGGACGGAAGAUGGUUGCAUUCACGUUUAUAAUUGUAACGACAAUAUUAGAAUAAAAAAGAACAAGGUGAAGAUUCAACAUGGUAGUAGCGUGCACUGUAUCAUAUACUUGGACAAUAAAGUAUUCGUGUCACUUGCCAAUGGUGAUAUAGCUGUAUAUACACGAGAUCAUAUAGGAGGUUGGAAUACUCCAGAUCCAACGAUAGUGUCCGUAGGUACCGCAGCAUCUCCAGUAACGAAGAUGCUUCCGGUAUCUGGCAAACUGUGGUGCGGUUGCCAUAACUCCGUGAAAGUUCUCAACACGCGUACCUUGGACAUCGAGCACAGCUUCGUGGUCAGCAGUGACACAAGUCGAGCGGUCACUUGUAUGGCAAACUCUGGUGGUUUUGGUGUUUGGAUUUCUUUGCACAACAGUGCCGUACUUCGUCUUUUCCAUGCUGGUAGUUAUGAAUGCUUGACAGAUAUAAAUAUCGCUCCGGCCGUUACCAAGAUGCUUGCUACAGGUUGCGAUGACAUAAUAAGACAACAUAAAGCAGCCUGUCUCAGAGUAACCGCUUUAUUGGCUUGCAAUGAAUUAUUAUGGAUCGGUACAAGUGCUGGUGUACUUUUAACCGUACCAAUACCUCACAUCAAGCCAUCCACGCAAAGAAUAUCUCAACCUCCCGUCGUAACUGGAAUACCUCACGGACAUACGGGACACGUGCGGUUUCUAACAUGCGUGGAAACCAGUACAUCAUCAAAACCAGAACCACGACCAAAGGUGAAUCGAUACUCGUUGAAAUCGAAGAAAGUGCAUCAGAAUAAUAUCAAUCGCGGUAAGCUCUUGGUGAUAUCCGGUGGCGAUGGUUACGAGGAUUUCAGAGGGCCCCAAGCGUCUGCAGAAUUACAGGCAGGUCGCGAGGAUUCAACGAAUCAUCUUCUUUUGUGGAAGGUGUGAUGCAUUUCUGCACGACCCAAGCGGAGGGUCGCGGUUCACGAUAGCCGGCACGACACGCCGUGGGAAUCGUUGUUGUCGAGCGUGCAGCCAAUAUGCGAACACCGUCACGCUGUAUCGAUCUUGGUUAACACGGACGGAUCGGCACGACGAUUUUUCAGGGAACGAGGAAAGGUUCUCUGGUUACUCCUGGCGGAGUGGAUCAGAACCAGGAUAAAUAAGUUCCGUUAUCUACAGAACGAAGUAAAAUUCGUAUUACAGGAUGGUAAAAAUCUUACUUAAGGAUUUUUGGUCGAGAGAAUAAUAGCUUUCUUGAGUUUCGUCCUCGAUCGAAACGAGAUUUUCUUCUUUUUGUUUUUUUGUUUUUUUUUUCGUUCGAGGGAAGAUCACUCGCCGUUGAAUUUGUGCAGUAAAUUAGGUUGGAGGGAUUUAGUGAGAAUGAUCUGCGAUUUUUAAGACGUUUAUAAGUCUGGAGACGCUUGAGAUUUCUUUUAUUGCGGAGUCGUUUCUUACUCGUUCGAAUUUUUACGGUGAAGUUUAGCCCACAUUUUGCAAAAUAAAACGAUGAAAAACGAUCAGUCAUCGUCAUUGGUGUUGGUAGCACUUUGUCUAAAAAAUGAUUAAAGCUCUAUGGGCUAUUCUAAUCUAUUAUUCGAGCAUCAAUCUUGUAUUAUCGUCGGAGCUGGAAUUAAUAGGAAGGAGGAAAAUACAAAUUUCAUAACGUGUCAAUAUCUUGUCGCAAUAGAAACGAUGACAAUUAAUGUGUGGUACCUGAAAAGGCUUCGAAAACGAGCUUAUAACGUUUUAAAUGGCCUAAAUUAAACGAUGAGGUUCAAAGGUUCAUCAUUUCUUACAAAUGUUAAAAUAUUGACAAAAUUUUAUCGUUGUCCUUUGAUGACACAACAAAAUCCAAAUGUACCUCAUUAUUCAUUUUGAAUGUUUAAAUGAUGUAAAUUAAUGUGUCCGUCUAUCCCGUGAAAGGACCCUAUGUAAUAAUAAUUUUCAAUUGAAGAUGUAUCACGUCGUGUGUGUGUGUGCGUGUGUGUGUGCGUGCGUGAAUGUAGACAUUGAAUAUUAUCCAUAUCAAAAAAAGAGUGCAAAUUAUUGAAACGAAGUCGUCCCUAUGUUAUGAUUGACUCUCUUGUGGUUCCUAUGCUUACGUGCGCAUUAUCAGUUAACGCGGAAGUAUGUUUGACAAUAAUUUAUUAUGAACAACUUUUUAAAAAUUACUUCACACUUGACCAAUAAAAAUGGUUUGUCAUCGAAAUGCUGAUAUGAAUAUUGGGAGGAAGCCUGUAAAAAAUUAUUUUUUUUAUUAUGAAAUAGAUGCUCGACAUGAUAUCGAUGCUUAAAUAUAAAUAAGUAUAUGUUCAAGUGUGAAGGAAAGCAAAAAAACCAGGUAAUUGUAAUUUUGCUAAUUUAAGACUGAAUGAAAGCUACAUAUAACGAUAUAUACAAAGUUAUAUCUGUUAUUCUUCGAUCGUAUAUUUGUGCCACUUUAUUGUGUGAACGAAUAAAACAUUAAUCGAAUAUCUUUAAUCAAAUUUACUGUAUGUACACGUUUUCGAACAAUAUUUUCUCUUAGAUUGAAUGAUACGAAAAAUAUUUAUAGGAAACAUGAGGAAAUACAUAUGCACUCUAAUUUCAAAUUUACUUAUAUAAUACCUGGUGUAAUUAAAAAGAAAAAAGAAAAGAAAAAAACGAUUAUACGUUAUACAUUUUUACAAGUAACAUAAAAGAACCUACAUCAAAACUGGACUUCAAGUAAUAUACAUAUAGACGAAGGAUAAGAGCUUAAGCUUUUCGUGGAAAUAAUCUAUUUUUUGAAAGAGAAAAUUGAACAAAAGUAAAAAAAAAAGAUAAAAGAUAAAAAAA